AUGCCAGUGCCUGCGGUUCAUCCUCGCAACACUCUCGGUAACCAGUCCCAUCCCAACUCCCCUCGUCCCUUCCGACUAGCCUCCGUCGCCCCAGCUGGUCCUUCCAUCGAACUAGACACCUUCAACCCGGAUCGUCGCAAAGCAAGAGACCGCAGACGGCACGAGAAACGACUCCAGAAACUCGAAUCCCUCGACCAACGAGAAGCCAUGAAGUUCUCUCACAGUAUCCAGUUCAACGCCGUGCCGGACUGGAGCAGCAACUACAUCUCCUACAGCAACCUCAAGAAACUCAUCUACACCCUCGAAAAACAGAUCCACAAGCCUCCGGGUGAAGCUCAGGAUGAGGAAAAUACCGCUUUGCUGAAUGGGCAGCUCGACCCGGACACCACCUUCAAGCGCAUGCUGGAUUCCGAGCUCGACAAGGUCUGUUCCUUCUACCGGCUAAAAGAGCUCGAAAUCUUUGGCGACCUCGACCAGCUGAUCAAGGAUGCCGAAGAAUACAAAACCGAAACAAAAGACAUUGAUAUGGACGAUGUCGUCGAUAUCGAGAACCGCCGCAAAACCACGAGAUCCCAGAGUAUAUUCAAUGUCCCCUUUCGCCGCAAGAGGAGGAGUUCCACCAUGAGCAUCAGUGUCGAGGAGCCGGAAGACGAUGACAGCGAUAGUGACGCCGAAGAUAGUGCACACAUGAUCAAGAAACGACCCGCCGCCAAACAGAGGAGUAAGAGCGUCUGGGCCGGUACCGAAAAUACCACGGGCGCUAAUGGUGCCAUGUCGGAAUCUCGAGAAGACCUACGUUCCUCAGCAGAGUCCGCGUUUCUUCGUCGGAGGCCCAGUCUCGCGCUCGAGUUGGACGCUUCCGAUCCCGGUCAAUUAUCAGCUCUUUUCGAUUCCGGCAUCAACUUGAAAAAGAGGACCAUCAGUUUAUAUGUUUCCCUGGCCGAGUUGAAAUCUUUCAUCCAGUUAAAUCAAACCGGUUUCAAGAAAGCCGCCAAGAAGUACGACAAGGUCUGUGAUAGAGAUAUCCGGAAGAACUAUAUGGAUAAAGUGGUCAACCCUUCCUAUCCCUUCUUGGAUACCACGAGCAAACACCUGGACGAGAACAUCGACAAAGUGGAAAAGGUGUAUGCCGAUAUCGUCACAAAAGGCGAUCAAAAUAUGGCUAGAAGAGAACUCCGUCUUCAUCUCCGCGAACAUGUUGUAUGGGAGAGAAAUACCGUCUGGCGAGAAAUGAUUGGUAUCGAACGAAAAGCACAAGCUGCCAAUUUCGGUAUCAGACAAACACUACUUGGUGGUGUUCAAGAUCCUUCUCAAGCCAGAUUACAAGGUGAUCGAGAUUCCCUCGACACCAAAGAGUUGAAGACUCCCAUCGGUCGAUAUCGCUGUCCGAAAUGGCUGUUCAGCUCCAGUUUCUUCGCCCUGGUCUCUAUCUUGGCCAUCUUCGUGACACUUCUGUUGGUGCCGAUCAUGAAAAAGCCGGAACAGCAGAAUUGUCUGGCGAUGCUAGUGUUUGUUUCUUUACUUUGGGCCACCGAAGUGAUCCCUCUAUUUGUCACAUCACUCUUGGUCCCCUUUUUGGUUGUUGUGCUCCGAAUCAUGCGGACUGAGGAUAAACCUUAUCAGCGAUUGGAUUCAAAGGCAGCAACCAAGGCUGUCUUUGCAGCAAUGUGGACCCCGGUCAUCAUGUUACUGCUUGGUGGCUUCACUAUCGCUGCAGCACUAUCUAAAUACCACAUUGCCAAGAUGAUGGCAACAUUCGUGCUCAGCAAGGCUGGUACAAAGGCACGGACUGUCUUGGUUACCAACAUGUUUGUUGCCAUGUUUCUGAGUAUGUGGAUAUCAAAUGUCGCAGCACCGGUCUUGUGUUUUAGUAUCAUCCAACCGAUGUUACGCAAUCUUCCAGCAGACAGCAAUAUGGCCAAGGCUCUUAUCUUGGGCAUUGCAUUGGCUUCCAACAUUGGUGGCGCUGCCUCCCCUAUUGCUUCACCACAAAACAUCAUCGCAUUGCAAAACAUGAAACCCAAUCCUAGCUGGGGAGUCUGGUUUUUCGUUGCAUUACCUGUCUGCAUCAUCACCAUUAUUUUCAUCUGGCUCCUUCUCCUGGCCACAUUCAAGCCAGGCAGAGGCACCACCAUUGUCCCUAUUCGACCUAUGAAAGACAAGCUCAAUGGCCUCCAAUACUUUAUCAUUUUCGUCACUCUCCUCACCAUCGUCCUCUGGUGUACCUCGCAUCAAUUAGAAGGCAUAUUCGGCGAUAUGGGUGUUAUCGCAAUCAUCCCCAUGGUUCUCUUCUUCGGCACAGGUAUUCUGACCAAAGAAGACUUCAACAACUUCCUAUGGACAAUCAUCAUUCUUGCCGCUGGAGGGUUAUCUCUCGGCCGGGCCGUGAGCUCCUCUGGUCUCCUACACACCAUUGCCAAGGGCAUCACCGACUCCGUCACCGACAUGAGCGUCUACGGGGUUCUGAUUGUCUUCGCCUCUUUGAUCCUUGUCGUUGCCACUUUCAUAUCCCAUACUGUUGCUGCACUCAUCAUCCUACCCUUGGUCCAACAAGUCGGCGCCAAUAUGGCGGAGCCUCACCCUAACCUCCUCGUCAUGGGUAGUGCCCUGAUGUGUAGUGCGGCCAUGGGUUUGCCCACCAGCGGAUUUCCAAACAUGACUGCAAUCAUGAUGGAAGUCCCCGAAACAGGGGUUCGCUACCUCCAAGUCAAACAUUUCUUGACCCGCGGCGUUCCCGCAUCCAUUCUCGCGUUUGGCGUCAUCGUCACCGUCGGCUAUGGUUUGAUGAUGGCUGUCGGAUUGUAA